CUCGCACAGGAGCGGCGGCUGAAGGCAGCGCUCACAAGACACACGGGCACGGCGAGAGCGCGCAUCCCGGAAUCACCGCCACCGCACCGAGGUGUAACACGAAGGGGAGAAAAUAGUAGAGACACAUACAUACAUACACACGUAUAAUAUUUAUUCUAGAUGUGCUGGAGCGGAGCGACGGGACGCGGCGGAGGAACGCGGGCGGCUCGCGGCGUGUAGCGCGAACCACGAUACGCGCGCGCACGCAGUCCGACCCGUGGAAGUGACUGGAAACGCGCCGCCGCGUGUGAGAGCGCGAGUGGAGGCGAGUGAGCGGCCAGAGGGAUGGGCUGCGCUCCCAGCAUCCACGUCUCUCAGAGCGGGGUCAUCUACUGCCGGGACUCGGACGAGUCCAACUCGCCGCACCAGACCACCACCACCCUGCACGGCCUCUUCGUGAAGACGGACGCGGCGGACUCCAUCCCCUCGGUGAUCGCGUACCAGGGCGGCAGGCGCGCGCGCGGCGGCGGCGGCGGCGGCGGCGGCGGGGGCUCGCGCCGCGGGGAGCGCGGCGAGGAGCGCGGCGGAGUCGGACACGCACACGGGCACAUCUGCGCCGAGGCCGAGACGCAGACGAGCCGCGCGAGCGUCAAGGUUUCUGCCACCGAGGAAUGCAUAGGUCCUAUGCGACUGUCCCAAGAACCUAUCCAGGUCCUGCUGGUCUUUACAAAGGAGGACAGCCAGAGUGACGCUUUCUGGUGGGCAUGUGACCGGGCAGGUUUCAGAUGUAACAUCGCCCGCACCCCCGAAUCUGCCGUCGAGUGCUUCCUGGACAAGCACCAUGAGGUCAUUGUCAUUGAUGCAAGGCAAACGUGUUACUUCGAUCCCGAAGCAGUCUGCAGAUCAAUACGUGCCACAAAGCCAUCGGAACACACUGUUAUUCUGGCCAUUGUGCCACAAACCUUGCAGGAUCAGGAGGAGCCUUCAGUGCUAGCCCUGCUCAAUGCGGGAUUCAACAGGAGGUUUCUGGAGAACAGCAGCGUCUCAGCCUGCUACAAUGAGCUUAUCCAGAUCGAGCGCGGAGAAGUGCGUCUACAGUUCAAACUGAGGGCCUGCAACUCGUUGUUCAUGGCGCUGGAGCACUGUCAGGACGCAGUGGAGAUCACCAGCGAAGAUCAUGUCAUACAGUAUGUGAAUCCAGCAUUUGAGCGGAUGAUGGGGUACCACAGAGGAGAGCUCAUCGACAAGGAGCUCACAGAGCUGCCAAAGAGUGACAAGAACAGGACAGACCUACUGGAUACCAUCAACACCUGCAUCAAGAAAGGAAAGGAAUGGCAGGGUAUUUGCUAUGCCAGGAAGAAGUCUGGGGAGAGUAUUCAACAGCAUGUCAGAAUAACCCCUGUCAUUGGACAAGGAGGGAAAAUCCGGCAUAUUGUCUCAAUCAAAAGACCUCACAGCGACAACAAUAAACAGGUACAUAAAUUAAGUCGAGAUGAAAAAUACAGUGGGGAAAAUUCAGAAUGCCAAUCCCUUCGUUACAAGGACAGAAGGAAAGAGUCAGUUGAUGUCAGGUCCAUCAGCUCUCGAAGCAGUGACGCUCCCAGCUUACAGAACCGCAGGUACUCUUCCAUGGCCAGAAUCCACUCCAUGACCAUCGAGGCUCCAAUCACAAAGGUCAUCAACAUCAUCAACGCAGCCCAGGAGAGCAGCCCGGUGACUGUGGCAGAGGCCCUGGACCGGGUCCUAGAGAUCCUCAGAACCACUGAACUGUACUCGCCCCAGCUAGCCUCAAAAGAGGACGACCCGCACACCAAUGACCUAGUGGGGGGUCUCAUGAGUGAUGGACUGAGAAGACUUUCUGGAAAUGAGUAUGUAUUUUCAAAGAACGUGACCCAAGGUCAACUCGCCGUGCCCGUCACACUUAACGACAUCCCCCCUCCCAUCGCCAAAAUGCUCGACAACGAGGAUCGCUGGGAUUUCAACAUCUUGGAGCUGGAGGCUGCGACACAAAAGAGACCCCUGACCUACCUCGGUUUGAAAAUCUUUGCUCGUUUUGGAGUGUGUGAGUUUCUAAGCUGCACGGAGGCGACGCUGCGGUCUUGGCUGCAGGUGAUUGAGGCUAAUUACCAUUCGUCAAACUCCUACCACAACUCUACGCAUGCCGCCGAUGUGCUGCACGCGACCGCGUACUUCCUUCGCAAGGACAGAGUUAAGGGCAGUCUGGACCAGCUGGAUGUGGUGGCCGCCCUCAUAGCCGCCACAGUUCACGACGUGGACCACCCUGGCCGCACCAACUCGUUCCUGUGCAACGCGGGCAGCGAGCUGGCCAUCCUGUACAACGACACGGCCGUCCUGGAGAGCCACCACGCCGCGCUGGCCUUCCAGCUGACCGUGCGGGACAAGAAGUGUAACAUCUUCAGGAAUAUGGAGAGGACUCAGUUCCGGACACUGCGGCAGGCCAUCAUCGACAUGGUGCUAGCCACGGAGAUGACCCGCCACUUUGAACACGUCAACAAGUUUGUUAACAGCAUCAACAAGCCCAUGGCAGCUAUUGAGGAAUCCAGCAGCAACAGCGAGGGCAGUGACUGCGACUGUCCGGCCAGCAUCAAGAACUCUCCAGAGAACCGGCUGCUCAUUAAGCGCAUGAUGAUCAAGUGUGCAGACGUGGCUAACCCCUGCCGCCCUCUGGAGCUGUGCAUCGAGUGGGCUGGACGCAUAUCGGAAGAGUACUUCGCCCAGACGGACGAAGAGAAGAGGCAGGGCUUACCCGUGGUGAUGCCCAUCUUCGACCGCAACACCUGCAGCGUCCCCAAGUCACAGAUCUCCUUCAUCGACUACUUUGUCAUGGACAUGUUCGACGCUUGGGAUGCAUUCGCCAGCCUGCCAGGACUGAUGGAGCACCUUUCAGAGAACUACAAAUACUGGAAAAGCCUGGACGAGAUGAAGUGCAAGAGUCUGAGACCGCCGCCCGCCCCGUGACUUCGCCGUCACCCUGGCGGGGCCCAGCCUCUUCGUCAAGAGGGGGUGGGGGGAGGGGUGCCUUGAAUGUAGCCCAUCGCUCUUUUAGCCUCCCCACUGUGACCGCAAGGACAACAACCCAACAAGACGGCGAAACGCAGGUGUCGAAGCAAGGACCGGAGACGCAGAGACUGAGAGCGGGAGACGGAGGUGCUUCGGUCGUUCUGUCUCGACAAUCUUUCCCGCUUUCGAAGGACGAAUAUGUUUCAAAGAGCACUUUAUUGGAGGAAGAAUUAGCGUUCUCUCUCUGACAGUUUUCUCAUUUCCUUUAGCUGCACAGCAGUAACCUUGUAGAGUCACUCGGUUUCUUAACUUAUUUUCUGGAGGGGAAGUAUUAUUUCUCGGGACAUAUUAUUCAAGUGAAGCAUCUGGAGGGAUGAGCGAGCAAGACCACAAAAAGACUGUUCAGCUAGGUCCUAAACUGCAGUUCACGCUGCAUAUAGCUAGCUUACCUACACGCAUAACGUUUGUAUCGAGAAUGACAAGCCAUUUUAGGGAGAAUUAUUGAGCUUAAUGGCUAAAGCCAAAAUUAGAGCAGUAGGGGAGCCUUUUUGGCUUCGUUUACUGCUGUAACUGAGAACUGUGAUCUUAAAUUACUGUAAUACACUCCAGAAGAAAGCGUCUGCUUAACCUACCAACAGGACGACGCUGUGGGAGGCCGAAUUACGCAAAGCCAGCAUUUACGGCCUAAUGCGAGCUUCAUUUCCAGCUUCUCUAGUCUGUUAGUCCUCUACUUCUUGGUAGUAAACAUAACGUCCUUGGUGCGUUCCAUUUUCGGUGAAAGAAGGCCGGACGAUAAGUUUAUUCUUCAGGGACUGCCAUUUUAUUCCAGCAAAAAAUAUGAAUGAAAAAAGUUUUCAAAGCUCAAUUUUAAUACAGUAUUUGGCUAAUGUUUCUGAUCAUGAUGAAGUUUGAUUCUACAAAGACAGUAGAAAGAAAAGGGCGCGCACAAGUAACAUGUUGGUACAUUUUUCUCAUUUUCACAACAUCUUGAAUGCGUUGCUGUGUUAUACUCCAUGUAAGUGAAACCAUUUUCGGUAUUGGCUCUGUGCCGUAAACAUUUUCUGGGCUAGUUCAAGAUGAGGAAAUUCCUUCCUGCAAAGGUCUAAACGAGUACACGCCUUAUGUUUAAAAUCUCAAAAUACGCAUGGAUAAACAUUAAUAUGAAGGAUAUUAUUUUAAUUAUUUGAUUUGAAUUUGCGGUUAGACCUCGGAAUCAUACUGACGUUAUGAUUGUGUUGAGGUUUUCUGUGAAGAUACCUGGGUAAAGUGAAAUGCAACCAUGGACUUUACAAGCUGGUGUAUAUUAAAGGUACUUGGUUGCUUAAAUUUAAAAAGAAAAAUUUAAUUAUUCCAGAGGUAAGAGAUGUCCUGCUGGUGCCUGAAGUAAUUAUAAAACCCUCAGGAACAAUACUAAAUGAUAAAUACUGAGUAGUUAAAUUUAACUGGGUGUCCAAGAGCUGUAAUAUUUAUCAACAUAAAUUUGUAGUAUCGACCUGGAGAGAUACACACAUUACUCAUAAACAACGACAAAGGGUUAAUCACCCCAGUAGGCAAAGUCCUAUUAUGAGGGGCUCAAACUACCAUUAUUUCUUAUGAGAAAAUUAAACUUCCUGGACAAAAAAUAUUUUACGUGAAAUUAAUAAAAAAUAUCAAAGGAUAUGUUUACGGUUGACCGACCAUAAACCAUAUCCAUUAACCAUAGCACCAACAUACUUUACAAUAUCUGUAACAAAAAGAUUAUUACUAAUUUACAAUGUUAUAUUUUCGUUCUCCCCUCAUUAUCAAUAACUUCUCCAAAAAAGGGCUAUGGAGGUCCAGAGUCUAUCCAAGAAGCAUAGGGAGUGAGACAGGUUACUCACUGGAUGGGCACAUUUUGUUAAUUUGGCUCACGGAUUUCUAUAGAAAUAAGUUCCACAAGAUCACAGCCUCUGUCUUUCACCCUGCAAAGCACAGGGACAAUAUGCAGCAUUAGCAGGAAUUACAAGGAUCCCUACUCCUGCUGCAACACACUUAAGCAAGGUACUUAUUCUGAAUCGCCCCAGUUAAAAAAUUACCCAGAUAUCGAAAUAGGUAAAUAGGAAGCUUAAUGUUAUAAAUCAC